AUGCUGCAAAAACUCAGCGAAGGCACGAGAGCGGGCUACGAGGGGGGAUGGCGGCUCUGGGUAGCCGUGCGCGAGGCGCAGGGGCUCAGCCCUUGGCUCCCAGGGCGCGACCGCGAGGAGCGCCUGGCCGACGAGGAGGCGCUCAUCAACUUCGCCGUCCUCCUCGCGCGCGUCGUUGGGAGGACUGAAGGGACCAUCAAGCAGAAGCUCUUUGCGGUGCGCUACGCUCACCUGGUGGCUGGCUACUCGGACCCCUUGCUCCACAGAGGUCGCCUUUGGAGCACCCUGGCGGGGCUGAAACGCUGGCAGGGGCCCGAGACCAAGCGGAAGAAGCCCGUCACCCCAGCCAUGCUCGAGUGGCUCCGCGGCUUUCUCCAGCAGGAAGCCAAGCUCCCCGAGGAGGACACAGUGGUCAUCUGGGCGGCAAUUGUGACAGCGUUCUUCUUUCUCCUGAGGGCCUCAGAGUACCUGCUUCAGGACGGGCGCUCGUGGUCAUGCGAGCGCGUGCUGCGCGGGGAGGACGUAGAGCCCAGGAAGGCCGGGAAGCGCGUGCCCAGCUUCCAGGACGCCGACGAGAUGGUGAUCUACAUCAAGGGCAGCAAGACGGACCAGCUCAACGUCGGCUCGGUGAGGAACCACUACCGCGCCGGAACGACGCUCUGCCCCAUCGCGGCGAUGGAGCGGCUCCAGGCUCACCAUCCCCAGCGGAUAAAGGGCACCGAAGAACGGCUGCCCCUUUUCCGCUGGGCGUCAGGUACCCCAAUUCGCAGGGCGGAGGUGCAGCACUUCCUGACGGUCGCGGGGCUGGCCGCCGGGCUCUCUAGGGAGGAGAUCGGCAGCCGCUCCCUGAGGAUCGGCGGGGCGGCCGCGAUGUACCACGUGUCCGAAGACCUCUCCCGGGUGCGCCGGUUCGGGCGCUGGCAGUCGGACGCGUUCCACGGCUACCUGUGGGAGUCGCACGAGCCGAUGAAGGGCAUCUCCGGCAAGAUGGCCAGGGGCACCUCCUCGCUGACCAAUCUGGCGAAGGACAGCGCCCUCCGCAGGGCCGCCGCCGGCGCCGAGGGCGCCAGGCAAUUGGAUGCCGCAGCGCGCACGGUGGGCGCCGAGCGCCGGCUUGUGCCAAGUGCCACCGACGGCAUAUUCGGGCCUUGCCCCGAGCUCAACGGCGAGCUGGUUCCGGGCCUCCCGCUCCCCGCGGGCGCGCUGGUGCUCGCGCGGGUGCACGACGACAGCGGCGCCCCCCAAAAGGUCGAGAUGCUGCAGGUGGAGGUGCCGUACCUCCCGGGCGCUUUUGGUAGGUUCUUCAAGGUGGAGCGCCUCGACGUGUGGCAGCUCCUCGACGGCCGGAGCGUGGAGCGCGAGCAGGCGAAGCUGAUCUCUGGGCCCGAGGACGCCCUCUUCGGCGGCGACGGUCAAAAGGAGGACGAGCCCAUCGCGGAGCCUCCUCGGAAGCGAGUGCGAGGCGAUGGCGGCGCGGCGACCCCUGCAGAGCCUGCCAGCGCGAGCCCCCUCGACGACGAGCUGGCCGGACUCGCGGAGAUCGCGGAGGGCCCGGAGCUGGGCCACCGCCUUGCGAGGCUAGGGGGCAAGUCCAUGAGGGGCGUGCCGAAGCAGGGGAUGCCCAAGAACGCCGCUCGACCUGUGGGCGGCGUGGGCGAGCGGCUGGCCCAGGCGGUGGCAGGGCGAUCUGCAGCCGCGGCGCCGGCCUGUGCAGCUGGCUCGGGCUCGCGGAGCAGGCUGGCGACUGCGCUGGCCUCGGCACUCCUGGGUCGCGACGGCGAGGAGGUGGACGACGGCCUGGAGAGCGACUCGGAGCGGGGUGGCAACCUCGAGCGGUUCCAGGGCAUUGGCAUCAAGCGCGAUUUGUUCUGCAAGAUCGCGCGGCAGCGGCCCCGGGUGCUGCUCGAGACCGGGCUGAGCCACCUGCGCGGGCAGUUCACCCAGCUGCUCGCGGGCUCCGAGGGCGACCCCCUCGCGCCGUGCGUCACCCAGUACCUGAACGCGGUCUUCUUCGUCGCCCACCCGCUUCGGACGCUCGGGGCGGGCGAGGUGCAGGUCCUGCGCAUGCUGGGCCAGGCGCUCGACGGCAUCCUGCGCGGCGAGGAGCAGCUGCCGUCGGGAGCCACGCUGGACGAGGAGACCGCCGCCGAGAAGGUCGAGGCCCGCGAGCUGAAGGUCGCCGGGCUGCGGCAGCGGCUGGCCGAGCGUCGGAGCUGGAGCCCGGCGCGCGACGUCCGGCUGGCGAGCGACUCCCUGGCGAGCGACUCCGACGGGGAUUCGGCCGCGGACCUGAUCGAGCGGCCUGCGGAGGCGGCGGUAGCCUCCGGUCGGAGCUGGGGCGACCUGAGGCGCGCCGAGCCGCGGCGCGAGGGCGAGACCCAGAAUGCGUGGAAGGCUCGCGUGCUCCACCCUCGAGGUGGGCCUGAGCGGCGCUUGCGAGGCAGUUCGCAGGUCCAGCGCUGGCGGCAGAUGCUGAGCGAAGUGAGCACCGGCCCGAGCUCCAAGUUCAAGAUCGCGCUGGCCGUCCACGAGGCGAUCCACGGUGCUCCGGGGGCGAUCGGGCGGUCUGUCAGAAAGACGUGCGCUCCGCCAGACUCCACGGCGAGCUUCGCGCGGCUGAGCGGGGUGUUACCGUUGCCAGUGCCCGACGCCCCGCUCUUCGAGAAGCACCGCGCCGCCUGGUACCAGGGCCAGCAGCUGGUCGAGAGCGAGCGGGAGGGGGCAGUUGCGCAGGGCUGGGCGCAGCUUGUCGUCUUCAGCUUGAACUACCAGUGCACGGGGCGCAUGCGGCACCCGAGGGCGCCCCCGCGCCGGCCCACUGCAGGGCAGGCCAGUGCGCUGGACAUCGUGGGCCGCGCCUGCGCGUACUCGACUGGGACGUCGUCAGCCUCGUCGAUCGAAUUCCCUCGACUGGGACGAGCCUCGGUCAAGGCGCUCGACAUCGCAGACCCGCAGGUGGGCGCUUGGUUGGCUGACCCAGCGCUGGCCAUCCUACCCCGGGCCGAAUGGCCGCAGGAGGUCCCGCGAGCGGCGGUCCAGGCCGAGACCAGACAGGAGUGGUACAAGAUCGGGGCCACGAUGGUCGAGCUCGGACUCGCGACGCCGAUCGCCGAGGACCGCGUCUUCAAGGUCGGGAACCGGAAGGUUGACCCCGCGGCUCGCCGGCUGGUGCGGCGGCUCUGGGCUGGCGUCACCGAGCUGGGGAUCAUCGAGGCCGUCGACGCCAAGCGGUUCACCGAGAUGCUGGCCGGGCACGCGAGGAGCGCAGAUUGGGUGGUCUUGACCGCGGGAAGCCCCUGCAAGGACCUCGCGGGCGUCAACGCGGUGGGAGCUGGCCUCUCAGGCCGCCUUCCCAAGCGCACCAUGUGGCUCGUUGAGAACGUGCUCAGCAUGACCCUCGAGUCGCGGGCAGAGUUCUCGCGGGUGCUGGGAGUGACGCCGGUCUUCCUGGACGCCAAGUUCCUCACCCGCGUCAGGCGCCCGCGACUGUGCUGGUGCUCAUGGCCGGUCGUGUCUUGCCUCGCCUCGGACGCCGCGGUCAACAACCAAGAGGACGGCAGUCUUGUCUGGGACGCGCAGCGUGGGCGGGGCCGGCUGCCUGCAGAGGAGCGCGGGGCGCUGGUGGAGUUCGACCGCCUCUACUUCCAGGCCGCUGCAAAAGAUAGUUCCGCCCCAUCAGAGCGCGACGCUAUCAUCGAGUCCCUGAUUGGGAACGCGUUCUGCGUCCAGGUCAUCACGUAUCUUCUCGGCUCGUGGCUGGCUCAAGUGGGAGCGCUUGCGGCGGCUAUGCUGGGACAGAGCUGCCUUGCCGUGGGCGCCUGCGAGGCGAACUGGAACGUCGUCCCCGGCUUCCAGCAGCUAGGGCAUCGCGACCCCCAGCUGGAGCGAAGCCUCAUCGUGGAGUUCCUGCGGGUGGCCGACCGUGGAGGCACCGACGUCCGGCUGGACACGGGUGCAGGGUGGGUGGUCGAGGGCCACCACUGCAGGUACCUGCGCAUCCUCGAUGCCCAUGCGAUCGCUGCCGUCAGCACCAAGGGCAGGUCGAGCGCGCGGGCGCUCCAGCCCGCCCUCCGCAGGCUCAACUCCCUGCUCGUCGCGACGGCCGGCUACCCGCUCUACGCUUCGGCAGCGGAGAAGGUGAAGCAGGCAGCAGGCAAGUCAGUGGCGAGGCGUGCUGCAGCGAGGGCCGUGCCACUGCGGGAGGCGAUGGUCGCGCUCCUCACCCUGCAGCGGUAUCGGGCGGCAGUCGAUGAGGUCGUCGACUUCUGGAUCAGGGAGGAGAGAAAUCCUCGAACCCCGUCCCAGGUUGACGCUGGAGUGUGCGCCCUUAUCGAGAGCCGGUGGCUGAAUGUCGGCUCUCUGUUCGAGAUUAACAAUGAAAUAGCGGGCGUCGCUCGCGAGUUCCCGCCGGUGCGAGGGCACCUCAAGGAGAGCUGGCGCCUCGCCAAGAUGCGGCAGCGUCUGGAGCCGGCUGGCCUGGCGCUGCCAAUCGGGCCGCUGAUCGCGGCAGCGUUUGCGGGGGCGUUUGUGGCCGUGGGCCAGCUUGGCGCGGCGGCGACGCUCGUGGCGGGUUUUGACACGCUCCUCUGGACGGGCGAGAUGACUUCGCUCGCGUGGUCCGAUGUGCAGCUGUACCCGACCCAGCGCAAGGAAAUGCUGCAGCUGCGCAACACCAAGAGCCAGCACCAGACGGGCGCCCGCGAUCUCGUGCUCGUGCGGAGCGCAGUGGCGGUCGCGCUCCUGGCCAAAGCCAAGGCCGGUGCACGACAGAGUGACCUGUGCCUCGGGAUGGAGCCGAGCAGCUUCAUGCGCAUUUUCGGCCAGGUGCGCGAGCUGCUAGAGCUGCAAGACGCCAAGCUGACCUUGUACAGCUGGAGGCGGGGUGGGGCUUCCGCCGAUUUCCGCAGCCACGGCUCGAUGGAGCAGACGCUGCUCCGGGGCAGGUGGGCCUCGGCGAGGACGGCCCGCCUUUACGUCCAGGACGCCGUCGCCGAGGCCACGCAGCUGAGCCUCUCGCCUUUGCAGCGCCAGCGCUGCGAGCUGCUCGCCUCCCGUCUGCGAGCAGCGGCGAGCUGA